AUGGGGGUCGGAGUGAAAUCGCUCUUGGUUUUCGGUGCCUCCAGUCCAACAGGACAACAUAUCGUUGAGGAGGCGCUCAACAAUGGCUGGGAAGUCACAAUCUAUGGCCGCCGCACCCUCCAAAAGCACUCUGAAAACAGUCAAAUUACGACCCUCGAAGGAACUUUGCAAGAUGAGUCCAAUAUACGCCAUGCCAUUCGCAAUGCAACCGUCAUUGUUUCCGUUAUUGGACCUUCAGGUACCACUAUCAAGAAUACCCCAUUUCCUGGUUUCUAUCGACGGAUGUUCGACAUCAUGCGAGAGGAAGGUGUCAGGCGGAUCAUCGCUUUGAGUACAUUCAGCGUACCUCACCCAAAUGAUCGAUUCAACUUCACUUGCCAUAUGCUCGUGUCGAUGCUUCGCCUUUUUGGCCAUAGUGCCUGGAGGAAUUUGAUUGACGUGGCCGCCACCUUUGACCAACAUGGAAGCGAUCUGGACUGGACGCUAUUCCGUGUCGGGUUUUUGAAAGAUGGGGGCCCAGGCCAGGUUAUCCAGGGAUAUGUAGGGGAUGGCAAGCUUGGGAUGGGGGUGAAUCGGGUUGAUGUAGCCAAGUGGGUGGUCCAGCAGGCUAGUAUGAAGGACGCAGAGAACUUGGGGGAUAAGCCUGGGAUUUCAUCCGCCUGA